UGUUUUCCCGUAUCCGCCAUUUCAGUUUUUGAAGUUAGUUGUCAUCGGUCGCUGGAUUGUAGCUGGAAUUCUGUCGCUAUAACGCGCUGUCUGGUUAUUAGAGCUGAUUUCCGGUCACAAACCGAAUAAGAGUCGUUUUUAUUUGGUGGUUCCGGUUCUGUAUCGGCGGAUUGAUGUCCAAACGGCCAGCUGCGGAUGUCGCCUGUUUACUAAACGUGCUCUAGGCGCUAAAGUUUUUGUAUGAGUUGAAGGCUUUGCUUGUGGAUAACGGGAGGGAGCGACGGGAAGGCCCGGUGAAGCCUCGGCUUUGGAGUGGUUAUCAUGGCCGGAAAUUUUGACGCGGAGGACCGUGGCAGCUGGUACUGGGGCCGGUUGAGCAGGCAGGAGGCUGUGUCUCUGUUGCAGGGGCAGAGGCACGGCGUGUUUCUGGUGCGGGACUCCAUCACCAGCCCCGGCGACUACGUGCUCUCGGUAUCAGAGAACUCCAAAGUCUCGCAUUACAUAAUUAACAGCAUCAGCAACAACCGACAAUCCGGUCCAGGUUUGGCCCAUCCGAGGUUUCGCAUCGGUGACCAGGAGUUCGACGCUCUCCCCGCUUUGCUAGAGUUCUACAAAAUCCACUACUUGGACACCACCACCUUAAUAGAACCCAUCAACAAGUCCAAACACACCUCCUUCAUCAGUGUCGGACCCGGGGGCCCCCCACCACGCCUGGAAGACGAGUAUGUCCGAGCACUUUUUGAUUUCCCCGGCAACGACGAGGAGGAUCUCCCGUUUAGGAAGGGCGACAUUCUCCGAGUUCUGGAGAAGCCAGAGGAGCAGUGGUGGAACGCCCAGAACUCUGAAGGCCGGGCGGGGAUGAUCCCAGUGCCGUAUGUGGAGAAGUACCGACCAGCGUCUCCGAGUUCGGCGGCGGGGCCCGGUGUACCUGGGGGACCCCCUGGAGGAAUGGGAAUGGUAGGGAACUCUGACGGCUCUGCAGCCCAGUCCGGCCCUCCGCUGCUGGGAGACCCCAGCCAGUACGCCCAGCCCACCCCCCUCCCAAACCUCCAGAACGGACCUGUGUAUGCCAGGGCCAUACAGAAGAGGGUGCCCAACGCCUACGACAAGACUGCCCUGGCCUUAGAGGUGGGCGACAUGGUGAAGGUGACCAAAAUAAACGUGAACGGCCAGUGGGAGGGUGAAUGUAAAGGCAAACGUGGCCACUUUCCCUUCACACACGUCAAACUGCUGGACCAGCACAACGCCGAGGAUGAACUCAGCUGAGAGCGGACAGCCGUGCCGCAUCCUGGACACUAGUAUUAGACCCUCCCUCACCCCUCCCUUCCCACACACACCACACACACUCACCUGCUCCCCCCUCCCUCACGUCUGCUCCGGCUUUUACCUGCACCAAGUACAGUUUCAGAGAAUCACUGAGAACAAAACAAAUAGACCCUCGUCGGACCCUCGUACCGCACACACCCUCUAUGUCUACCCCUCUGAGUAACCAUGCCCGCCCUCCUCCACCUGCUCCAACUGACUGACUUAUAAAUGGGUCACACACUCUGCAGUGGAGCUGUAAACUGAACCUCCUGUUCCACGGAUGUGGCAACACCCUUUAGAUCCUCCCCUCGCCUCGUCCCUGCCGUGGACACGUUAUCAACACUCACUCCUCAGGAGACUCCUCGCCGCAGAGAACAUCCACUUCCUCUUCCUGUGUUGCAGCCAGUAGAUAACUGCUCAGCGCUGUGUCAUUUUUCAUCGUCGUCCUCAUCUGUCACCAUGGUUACAGCGCUGCAGGAUCACUCAUGCUGCAUUCAUCUCAAAUGGGAAUACAGAGAAACAACACAGCCUUCAUGUGUUUUGGUGCCAUUAAUGAGUUUUUUACAAACUCUGUUAAAAGCAAAUGUGCUGAUUAAUUUUCUUGCCAGGAGUUGGAUGAGACGAUUGAUUCAGUUCAGUCAAGCUUUAUUUAUCCCGAAGGAAAUUCUUGUGCCAGGGAAUGCUUCAAUUAUAGUAACACAAAUUACAGUCACAACAAUAAUCGUUCACAAUACGACUCUGUGUCUGUGCGGCACACUGGAUUUGCCACAGAAUUACAGAGUAUGUGUGGCGGUUGCUGCUAACAAAGGAGGCGAUACAACAACAAUGACGACAGCCUUUUUAUUUCUUUUAAAUGCCUGUCUGGCCGUUUAUAUCACUCUGUGUCCCCUCUCUAAAUUGGGAGGUUUGUGUGGGUCCAUUAAUGCAGCGUAGGCGGAGCUCUCCAUGAGUUCUUUUCUUCGGCAGCAGUUUGUGACUAGCGGGGUGGAUGUUUGAUCAGUCGUUCCGUUCACAGCCGAUCACAUCAGAUCGAUGGAUGAGAGGAGCAGCUGCUGUGAGAGAAUGCAAACUUUAAGACCCAGUAGAGCAGUUAAGUUUCAUUUUCAAUUCGCCUGAGAUUUUGCUGCUCCAUGAUGUUUUAAACGUGGCGGGCCACCACAAAUAAAUGACCGUGUGGGAAAUCCUGAUAGAUAUGACGCAAUCGCCAGCAGGCAAUUGGCGUAGCCUAGCAUAAAGACCAGAAGCAGGGGGAAACAUGUAGCUUAGCUCUGGGAGAAUGUAACAAUAUCCACUCACAGGCACCUCUAUAGUUCGUUGAUUAAAACAUUUAUCUUGUUUGUUUAAUUUGAGAAAAGGUAAUGUUUAAAAGUUCAGGUUUAUGGGGAUUGUGUGCUGGACUGUUUCUUGGCUUGGACCAGUUCCCAGGCACACAGUCACAUUUCAACAGAGCCAGGCUCCCUGUUUCCGUCUACUUCAGGCUGCUUAAGCUAAGCUAUCGUCUGCUAUUAUAUUUAUUUCAAAUAUAAGACUCAUAUUGAUCUUCACAUCCAACUCUGCAAGAAAGUUAAGUGUAUUUCCCACAAUUCUUUUAAUCCUGAUGUGCUUGUUUUACACUAAAGGCUGAUUUAUAGGUCUAAGCUGUAGCCUACGCACAUGGCCUACGCCGUUGUGAGCAUUUAUACUUGUGCGGAGGUGUGUCUGUGAAGUGCUGUAAAGUGUGAUUGAUUCAAAACACACAUUAAACACACAUUAAACAUGGCUUAAUAGAGACAGUUUCAAACACAAGUACACAAAUCAUCUUCACUAUAACUCGCAGCAUUCACAGCCAAACACUUGUCUUUAUCUGGACACAUUUUCCCCACAAAUACAACAUGCUAGCGUUAUUAGCACAAGCCUAUGGCAUUUUACAUUGUAUAAAUUAGCCUAGCAGCUAGCAGACUUUUCCUCAUACGUUACAACUCGUUACAACAUUCGGCUCCAUUACAGCUCACAAGGUUCACUGACAAAACAACUGUCUUAUACUAAACACGUUUUCCAAACAAAUACAACAUGCUAACAUUAUUAGCACAAGCCUAUGGUAUUUCACAUUGUAUAAAUUAGCCUAGCAACGAUUGGGGAUUUCGUCUGCUCAUAUGAAGCCAGGAUAAAUCACACACAGGAUUUAAAAUGCUGUUUCUGAAGAGGUGCAAGUCAGUCCACGGCGUAGGGUACAUGUCUGUGAUCUAGGUACAGCAUCAGUUUCACACUGGCUUUACAGUACAUGCAUGCAGCGAGUGAUGAAUUUGAGCACAAACUUGCAGCGUCAUCCUGCGUUCGCUUAAACCUGCCAUGGCAGCAUUUUUUUUUACCCACAUUGCCCUUCAUUUGUCCAAACUGAUGUCUCCUUAGUGUUUGUUUGAUGGCCUUAUUGAGGACAUAAAAACACAGCAGUCCUGAUUAAUAUUUAAUUCUAAAAUGCUGUUAAAGGGAUUAACAAGAGAACAUUUACAACUCCAAAACAGGACUGAACAGUACUCCUGGCAGAGUUUACCACUUACAUGAGUUGAGCGCCGAGUUUGCAUCUUACAUUGUUCCUGUUGGACAUGAAUGCAGCAUCAUUGUAGGGUAACCUGGGGCAGCGAGCGACGAGAGCAGCGAGGCUCAAAUACAACAAUCUAUCACAGGGGAGAUUUAGGAUUUCUCUCACAAAGAAAUGAAAGCGCUGCACAAGGAGCAGACCAAGGACCAGUCCAACACCCACCCCUCGAACCAAACGGAGAGAUACUGAGUGGAGACCAGCAGCUAGGAGCAGCCUCAUGUAGUCCUUGCCGUAGAGCAGCUGCGCCAGCUGUGAACCUGAGAAACUUCCAGACUAUUGUUGAGGUGGAGAUAAAGGCAACACUACAUUCAACCUCUCCACACCUUCCACCUUGGCUCCCCUCAGCCCCACCCACCCAUCACCUACGACCAAGUACCACCAAGUAGUCUUUUGUAAGAAGAAGAAAAGAACAUAUUGUUAUGAGAUGAUGUACUAUGUGAUUAUCAUUACAUGCUAAAAUAUUGUUUCUCUUUGGUUACCUUUGUAGUUUUCUUCAUAGCUGAUUUUGUGCGGGAGGAAACCGUUUCGAUGUACACUUUUUACUGCUGCAUGUUGGGAGGGAGGGAGCGAUGGGUCGCUGGUGCAAAACGGAUAAACUGACUCGAGGGGGCCGCGUGUCGCCCACCCCCCAGCCCUCACAAGGCCACACGUGUUCUCAUUCUGCGUCUGAUGUACAUGAAUGAAGUUGAACGGAGUGAAUGUAGGCUGUCCACCAUGUUAGUUAGUGCUGUCUUCUCAUGUUAGUGCUCUGCAUUCAGCUCACUGAGUAUACCUUAGAUAAAGAGACUGCUCUGUGUUCAAAUCUUGUCAAAUGUGUCCGAGAAAAGAGACGGUGGUAUUAUUUGGUACCUGCCCUUUGUUUUUAACCUUCAGUAAUCUUGUCGCCACCUCGCACCGCUUCGUUCUUUUAAUCCUCUGGUUUCUUUUGUGCUUUCUCCAUGACUCUUUUAUUUAAAGCCUUGUCCGUUUAUGAUGCACAACUUGGACUUUUUAUGUUACUGUUUUACCUUCUGCCAUGUCUGUGUUGCCAAGACAAGUAGAACAGAUAAUUAUGUUAUCGUCCAAAUUGCCCCCCCCCCAUGAGGUUGUUUUCUGUUAAUUGAAUCAAUCUAUGUGUUGACACCUGACAAUCACCACCCUCGUGUAUCAUAAAGCAGACUGGUUUGGAUUGAAGCAGGCUGGGUGUGUCGUUCAGACUGUCGCCAGAGUUGAGCCACUCUGAAUUUGAGCUGUGAGAACUCGCUGUCUCUUCCAGGCGAGGGAUCCUCUCAGAUGUCAUGGCUCAGUAUUUCUGGCCAGAGCACCGUGUCACCUUUAGGUGGCACUGUAACCGCAUUCAGAGAGAUGGGGCCCCUCUGGAGAGCAUAUUCAGCCAGCGCUUAUGAGAUUAAAGGAGAUGAAAUUUGAUUUUUAACAGGAUGCACUUACCGCUUUUACACUGAGUUUGCAUUAUAUACCCUCCUGUGAAGGUUUUUAAUUAUCCCUGAGUGCUCCCACAGUCGUCUCUGUGAUCUUACGCCUGACAAGCUCUGUCUUGCUUUCACACUUCAAGUCGGCCAUCUUCCAAAUGAUUUAAUAAUAAUAAUAACUAUGUAAAAAAUAUUUGGCUGACUUCUUGGAAAAAAUCUGGCCGAGGAAAGUAACGUGUGUGCUGCCAGCUUUGGACACGUUCUGUUUUUAUCUGUGUAGUAACGAUCAAAUCAAGCUUCUUUGUCACUCACACUGCACACGGCAGGUGCUAAGCUACAUGAAUCAUUAUCUUAUAAAUUGCCAAUGAAACCACCAACAAGUAUUUUUAUUUUUAGUCACCCUGCAUGGAGUCAUUCAUUUCUUUUCAUCAAAAGGAAGGGGUGGUGAAAUGCCAGUGGAAAUUGUGUUAAUAUCAAAAUGUGCCAUUUUAUUAUAACACUAUAUUCUUUCAAGACAAUUGAAAUUACCUUUUUAUUUUCUGUAGCAUGUAAUGUGUUAAUAUACUAGUAAAUAAAGUCAAACCCAUGACAAAUGA